AUGUCAUCAACAAUAAGAUUGGAGAACAGUGAACAUGUGUCAUCUUCUUCAACCAUGCAAUCACUUCCGAGAGAAUUGUUACUUGACUUGAUUGCAAUUAUAGGCUCUCGAUCUUUCAUUGAUCUUCACAAAAUGAAAGUGUGUUGCAAAGAUUUUCUCGAAGUAGCACAAGAAAGUUAUGUGUUACAAAAAAUAUCUUUGGAAAACUUUCCAUUCAUCGAAUGGACUCGGACACCAAACGAAAAUGCAUUGUUAUUUUUUAAACAAUGUGUGGAAAGUGAAAAUAGUGAGAGUUUGUAUAGAGAUGGAUUGCUUAAGUACUUUAAUUAUCCGAAUGGAAAUAUUGUUGGUCUUGUGAGUCUAAAGAUUGCAGCUCAGACGGGUCAUAAGGAAGCGAUGUAUGUGUAUGGAAUGAUUUUGUUGUGUUCUGAGGAUCACGAAUCAAGAAAACAAGGAGUUGAGUAUAUGCGUUCUUUGAGGAAGUCAAAGUGUAUUAUGAGUUUAAGGAUGAAGGUACAAUCUUUAACAAAUUCUUUAUGGAAAAAUAAUGGAAUGUUGGUGCGCAAUCAAACUCCCAUAUGCAAUUCUAAGAAAACGUGCUAUGGAUGGAGAGUGAAGGAAGGUCGAUGGUCCUUACUCGAUGAUGAAGACGAUGAUAUUAAAUUGUGUGAAAAUUGUAGAUGGGAUUACGAGUUAGAGUUCUUUUAUAACUUAUUUAAUGUUCACUAG